AUGGAUACCCGUCCCUCGCUGACAUCCUUCCCCUUCACGGUGGUCAUCUUUGUCAAGUUUCCAGUGAUCAACUGCCGGAGGCGUCCGUUCCACUAUAGGGAUCACUUGGAGGACUUGCUUGGCAAAACCUCUCUGCUGGAGCUAGUUUGCGCCGAGCUUGAUCCCAAGACAGGAAAAGAGAAGGAACCGAUAAAGGGGCACUCGCACAGAGUGAAGAGAGACGUUGAGGAGGUGUUAUAUGAGAGUGAGUUUAGCAUCCCAAAAGGAUUUGGAGAGAUUGGAGCUGUUCUGGUUGAGAAUGAGCACCGCAAGGAGAUUUACAUCCAGACCAUCAACCUCACCGGCUUCCCAAAUGGUUCCACUCUCACCAUUCCCUGUACCUCAUGGGUUCAUUCCAAGCAUUAUAAUGCACAGAAGAGAAUUUUCUUCACCAACAAGUCUUAUUUGCCAUCAGAGACUCCAAGCGGGUUGAUCAGGCUAAGAGAAAUGGAGCUGCGAAUUUUGCGAGGAAAUGGAGAGGAUGAAAGAAAAAAAUCAGAUAGAAUUUACGAUUAUGAUAAAUAUAAUGAUCUCGGAGUUCCAGAUAGCACACUAGCUAGACCAGUCCUGGGCGGCAAAGAGCUUCCAUACCCUAGGCGCUGCAGAACAGGACGUCCGCGCACUGAAAAGGACCCAUUAUCUGAAGAAAGAAGCACUAGUGUGUAUAUACCAAGAGAUGAAGCGUUUUCAGAGGAGAAACAUCUCACAUUCAACGGAAAGACACUAAAAUCUGUGCUGCACGCAUUGCUCCCUCAGCUAGAAGUAUCACUUGACCGGAACUUGGGAUUUCCGCUCUUCAAAGAAAUAGAUUCUUUGUUUAACGAAGGCAUCGCGUUGCCUACACCCAAAACAAUUGGUUUUCUAAGGUCAGUCAUUCCAAGGCUAGUGAGGGCUAUCAGUGAUGAGCAGAAAGAUCUUUUGCUCUUUGAGACUCCAGCAAUGCUUGACCGUGAUAAAUUUUCUUGGUUCAGAGAUGAAGAAUUUUCUCGGCAAACUCUAGCUGGUCUUAAUCCAUUUAGUAUUGAGCUAGUUAAGGUACUUGAAUUUCUUUUACACGAAUGGCCGCUGAAAAGUAAACUUGACCCUGAGAUGUACGGUUCACCUGAAUCAUUGAUCACAACUGAACUUGUGGAGAAAGAGAUUAAGGGUUUCAUGACUGUCAAUGAGGCCUUGGAGAAAAAGAAGUUCUUUCUCUUGGAUUAUCAUGACCUGCUCAUUCCUUUAGUGAACAAAGUGAGAGAAAUUGAAGGGACCACGUUGUAUGGUUCUCGGACACUAUUCUUUCUUACUGAGAGUGGCUGUCUGAGGCCUAUUGCUAUUGAACUUACUCGGCCACCAACUGGUGACAAGCCACAAUGGAAGCAAGUCUUCAUCCCAUGCUGGGAUGCCACUGGUAUAUGGCUAUGGAGGCUUGCUAAAGCUCAUGUUUGUGCUCAUGACUCUGGCUAUCAUCAGCUUGUGAUCCACUGGCUUCGGACUCACUGUGUGACAGAGCCAUACAUAAUUGCAGCUAAUCGGCAAAUGAGUGCUAUCCAUCCCAUCUAUAGACUUCUUAAUCCUCAUUUUCGGUAUACAAUGGAAAUAAACGCUCUGGCUCGAGAAAGCCUAAUUAAUGCAGGCGGAGUCAUUGAGAGUAGCUUUUCACCAGGAAAGUACUCUAUGGAGCUUAGUUCUGCUGCUUAUGACAAACUCUGGCGCUUUGACAUGGAAGCUUUGCCAGCAGAUCUGAUAAGAAGGGGAAUGGCAGUUGAGGAUCCAACGGCCAAGCAGCAUGGUCUGAAGCUAACAAUUGAAGACUACCCUUUUGCAAACGACGGUCUUAUUCUUUGGGAUGCCAUUAAGAAGUGGGUGAGCGACUAUGUAAAUCACUACUACCAAGACGCUAGUGUUGUUGAAUGUGAUGAGGAGCUUCAAGGUUGGUGGACAGAAGUUAGAACUAAAGGCCAUGAAGACAAAAAAGAUGAGCCAUGGUGGCCUGUUCUGAAAACCCAAAAAGACCUCGUUCAUGUUUUGACAACAAUAAUUUGGGUCACAUCUGGCCACCAUGCAGCUGUGAACUUUGGGCAGUACACAUAUGCUGGAUACUUUCCGAACAGACCUACAAUAGCUCGAACCAACAUGCCAUGUGAAGAUCCAUCCGAUGAGGCUGUCGAUACUUUUAUGACGAAACCCGAAACAGUACUUCUAAACUGCUUUCCCUCAAAGAUUCAAGCAACAACAGUGAUGGCUGUGUUAGAUGUGCUAUCGACACAUUCACCUGAUGAGGAGUAUAUUGGUGAGAUUUUGGAGCCAUCCUGGACUGAAAAUCCUGUUAUAAUGGAUGCAUUCGAGUGUUUCAAAGACAGUUUAAAAGAGCUAGAAAGAAUUAUCAAUGAGAGGAAUGCCGAUAAGAGCCUGAGAAACAGAGUUGGAGCAGGGGUUGUACCAUAUGAGCUUCUGAAACCAUUCUCAAAACCUGGGGUCACAGGAAUGGGAGUCCCUAAUAGCAUCUCCAUCUAA